GGAAAAGGGAGGAGGAAGCCUCGGCCGGGAGCCUUAUCAGCGGACAGCAGUAAAGGCUGGGCCCGGCUUCAUGGGGCCGCGCCGACCCAGCCCGUGAGGGGCCGCCCUCUCCCGCUCGGCCAGAGAGAAGGAAUCGCCGCGGGCUCAAUGGCGGGCUUGGCUCUCCGCCUUCCCUUGUUGGUGCGGCUGUGGCGGCGGCAGAGCCUGCGGGGCUCCUCCUGGCCUCGGGCUCUCUUCAACCCGGCGGCCCCCGGGGGCGCGGGAUGGGCCGCGGAGAGGUGGGGGGUCGCCGCUUUGCCCCCCGGCACUCUUCGCCAUGUGCCACCCGUUUCCCGCUCCGCCUCCUCCUGGGCAGCCGCGACGGAAUCCUCGCGGAAGAAGCCAGGCGACCCCCAAGGGACCGAGCCGCCCUCGGCGGUAGGGCCCGGCGACCGCGCCGUCUCGGACGCCAAGAGGCUUUUGGCGCUGGCGUAUCCGGAACGCUGGAAACUGACAGCUGCUGUUGGCUUUUUGGCUAUUUCCAGUGUCAUCACUAUGUCUGCCCCUUUUUUCUUGGGGAAAGUUAUUGAUGUCAUUUACACAAAUCCAGCUGGUGAACUUGCAGAGAACCUGUCCACAAUCUGUGCCUUAUUAACUGGAAUAUUUAUAUUUGGUGCCGCUGCCAAUGGAAUACGUGUCUACCUCAUGCAGAUUUCAGGGCAAAGAAUUGUGCAACGUCUAAGAGCAACAAUAUUUUCUUCUCUCUUGAAACAAGAAGUAGCUUUUUUUGACAAAACCAGCACUGGAGAGCUGAUUAAUCGCUUGUCUUCAGACACAGCUCUCUUGGGCCGUUCAGUCACUGAAAACCUUUCAGAUGGGUUAAGAGCUGCGGGUCAGGCCUCAGCUGCUAUUGGGAUGAUGUUUUUUGUGUCUCCCAAACUUGCUACAUUGGUCCUAACUGUAGUACCAUCUCUGGCUAUCAUAGCUGUGCUUUAUGGAACGUAUUUACGAAAACUGGCUAGAAUGACACAGGAUUCCCUCGCAGAUGCUACGCAGUUAGCAGAAGAACGGAUUGGAAAUUUAAGAACUGUGCGAGCUUUUGGGCAUGAGUUAACCGAAAUGGAAAAAUAUCAGAACAAGAUUCAGUAUGUGCUACAAUUGGCCAAAAAGGAAGCAAUAGCUCGAGCAGGAUUCUUUGGAGCAACGGGGUUAUCAGGCAAUUUGAUUGUGCUUUUUGUUCUCUACAAAGGAGGAUUACUGAUGGGUAGUGCCCUUUUGACUGUUGGUGAACUGUCUUCUUUCUUAAUGUACGCUUUCUGGGUUGGCAUAAGCAUUAGAGGAUUAAGCUCCUUCUAUACUGAGUUAAUGAAAGGUUUGGGUGCAGGAGGGCGUCUGUGGGAACUUAUUGAUCGAAAGCCGCAACUUCCUUUUAAUGAGGGAACAGUAUUAAACCAGGAUGCUUUCAAAGGUGCUCUUGAGUUCAAAAAUGUCAAAUUUGCAUAUCCAACACGUCCAGAAACAAUGAUUUUUCAAGACUUUGCUCUCAGCAUCCCUGCAGGCUCUGUCAUGGCACUAGUGGGCCCAAGUGGAUCUGGCAAAUCGACAGUUGUGUCUCUUCUACUGAGGCUUUAUGAUCCACUCUCAGGAAAUAUUACCGUUGAUGGGGUUGAUAUCCGUCAGCUAAACCCACUAUGGUUCAGAACUAAUAUCGGAACAGUAAGUCAGGAACCCACUCUGUUCUCAUGCUCUAUUGCUGAAAACAUAGCCUAUGGUGCAGAGGAUCCAUCCACAGUAACUCCUGCAGAAAUUGAGAGAGUUGCCAAAAUUGCAAACGCUUCUAAUUUUAUCCAAAAUUUUCCAGAAGGAUUCCAUACUUUAGUUGGAGAAAAAGGUGUUCUUCUGUCUGGUGGGCAGAAACAGCGAAUUGCAAUUGCUCGAGCUCUUCUAAAGAAUCCCAAAAUUCUUCUCCUUGAUGAAGCAACAAGUGCUUUGGAUGUUGAAAAUGAAUACCUUGUCCAAGAAGCAUUAGAUCGGCUCAUGGAAGGCAGAACUGUUCUUAUUAUUGCUCAUCGACUCUCCACCAUUCAGAAUACUAAUUCUGUUGCCGUUCUGGACCAAGGCAGAAUAGUUGAGUGUGGAAAGCAUGAAACACUGCUUGCAAACCCAAAUGGACUUUUCAGCAAAUUAAUGAAAAAACAGUCUUUUAUCCAGAAUAUUGAACAUGUUGCAUCUAAUUGAAAAAAAUCCUUUUUAAAAA